GAAUUGAAAGCUCCUUUCCACCUCCUUUUUCUCUCAAACACAAAUUCCUUCUUUCUAUGUCAUACUUUCCAUCUAAGCCUCCAAAAGCAUCUUCAUCAUAAUACCCCUACAAAUCUACAACAACUAUUUCACACAAAGAAUACAUUCAUAUCAGACAACUAACCCAAAAAGCUUGGAGAGAGAAAGGAAGGGUAAAAAUAAAAAUAAAAUAAAAUAAAAAACUUUUUUUAGGAGAAAGUAAGCUAAAACAACAAUCACCACACCCAUUUCUCAUUUCAUCAGUUUAGUUUGUUUAUUUAUUUUUCUGCUAAACUUUGUUGUUGCAUUCAUCAUGGGUUGCACAGCAUCAAGAACCACCACCAUAGUUGCAAACACAACCUCAGAGGACCCUUCUCCUCCUCCUUCUUCUUCUCUUUCUCUUUCCCUCGCUUCUUCUUCUUCUUCUUCCUCUUCUUCUACCUCUUCUUCUUCUGCUUCAAAUUGUUUCAAUUCUUCACCGAAGGUUCCCAAAGCUAUGUCACUCCAAAUGCCUCUUGUCCAUCACCCUCCAACAAAAAAGGGUGACACACACCACCUUGUGUUCCUCACUUCCACCACCUAUGGCUCCCUUCUCCUCAUUGACCAAAAAGAUUCCAACUUUAUGAAGGAUUCACCACCAUCACAUGCUGCUGAUGAGUCUCAAAAAACUGAGGAGCAAGAACAAUCAUCACUCUCCCCAGAUUCAGUCAUCAACACAUGGGAACUUAUGCAUGACUUGGAUGAAGAAGCAAAAGAACAAGAACAAGAUCUUACCCACCUUCACAUUACUACUUCUUCCAUUGUUGGUGAUGGUGUCUCACACAAAACAAGUUCAUCAUGCAGGUACACAGCCUUUGACGGCUCUGCAAGGAAGAAGCUUCUAGAUUCAUUUGAGUCACUGAAAGAAGCCUCAUCCUCAUCAGAAAAACUCAACAUGGAAAGUGAAAACCUUUCUUCAAAGAAGCCACUUUGGCAGCACUUGUCUGAAGAAGCUUUGCUUGCAAAACUGGACCCAAGUGUUGCUUGGAGUUACAGGCGCGCUUUGUCAUCAAGACAACUAGGUAGCAACACCAACAUCAACAUCAUCAUCACCAACAACAAUAAUCUAUAUAAUAAUGGUGUCAGAUCAAUGGGGUCUAGUCCUUUGUAUUCUUCUUGUUCUUCUUCUUCAACUACUACUUCAUUUGCUAAUAAUAAUAGCAACAGUGUGUGCCAUUUGCCUGGAACUGAAGACAGAAUAGUGGUUUAUUGCACAAGUUUGAGAGGGAUCAGAAAGACCUUUGAAGAUUGUUGUUCAGUGAGGAUGAUACUAAGAGGUUUCAGGGUUGCUGUUGAUGAGAGAGACAUCUCAAUGGACUCAUCUUAUAGGAAGGAGCUUCAGGAUGCUCUUGGUGUUAAAGCAGUGACACUGCCACAGGUUUUCAUAAGAGGGAACCAUGUUGGGAAUGCUGAGGAUCUUAAGAAGCUGAAUGAGAAUGGAGACUUGGCAAGGCUCUUGAGGGGUUUCCCUGUUCAUGAUCCUGGUUUUGUGUGUGAGAAUUGUGGUGAUGCAAGGUUUGUUCCAUGUCCUAACUGUAGUGGUAGCAGAAAGGUUUUUGAGGAGAAAGAAGGAGGAUUGAGAAGGUGCCCAGAUUGUAAUGAAAAUGGCUUGAUAAGAUGUUCAAGAUGCUGCUCAUGAUUGCUGCCCAAGGGAAUUUAUAGGGUACAGAGGUGAGCGUACAGAUAUUCCUCCUGCAAUUAUCUCGUGCUGACAUGUGUCCAAGGGGAGCCGCAUGUGAAUGUUUGGGGAACGGUGUAACAUGACGCCUCCAUGUAGCCGAGUAGCUCCUGCUGGGGAAGGGAAUUGGCUCCGUUUGGAAAGAAUUAGCUGCGGCUGGAUGUACAGG